AUGACAACUUUUUUUCACGAAUAUACUUCUUGUAAGGUUAACAAUAUGACUGCUAAUGUUUCAGAGCUAGUAAGUCAAUUCAAAUUCUCUAAGUUAUUGAAGACUGAUCCCCAAACCAAAUCAAUUGUGUUACUUGGUAAAAUCAAUUCCGAUGAUGCUAUUAUUUCUAUUGAGAAGUCACAUUUUAUCACCGAUGAGUCUAAUGUUAAAGUUAAUGAGUUGGUAGAGGAUUUGCAAAUAAUAAAUCAUAAUGAUAUAUACUACUGGUCACUGGCUUUGAUUACACAAUCUUUACCUGAUUUACCGUCAGGCAAACUCAACAUCAUAUAUCCAGCGACUGAAACCCACAUCAAGAAGUACGGGCAGCAAAAUCUCCAUUAUGUAUUGGAAACGCCAGAAACAUAUGAAAAGUUCGUCAAGCCUUAUAUAGAAUCAAUGAAAGGUGAUAGAAUCAAAUGGGUCUAUAAUAUUUUGUUUGAAGGGAAAGAGUCAGAAACAUUCAUAUACCACGAUAAGGACCUACAGGAAGGAUUUGUACUUUUGCCAGAUAUGAAGUGGGAUAAAAUCAAUAUGGACUCCUUGUAUCUUUGUUGCAUAGUCAAUAGAACUGAUAUUUCUUCUGUUAGAGAUUUAAACGCUUCACACCUUUCAUUUUUGAUAAACAUUCAGAAUAAAAUACGAAAGAUCGCUAGCAAAACAUUCCCAAUUAAGUCCGAUGAAUUAAGAAUAUUUAUCCAUUAUCAACCAUCCUAUUAUCAUUUUCACAUACAUAUUGUAAAUGUUAAACACCCAGGUUUAGGUGAUGGAAUUGCAGUGGGUAAAGCAAUUUUGUUGGAUGAUGUUAUCGAAAACAUCAGGCUUAAAAAUGAUUAUUACAUGCAAUGUAAUCUUGGUUAUUUGAUUGGAGAGAAUCAUGGAUUAUGGAGUGAUAAAGGAUUUAGAGAAGCACAUUAUACGCAGCUUAAAGAUAAUGGAUUGAUUUAA